CGCACACAAUUUCGAGAACACAAGACGAGACGAGGCAAUACACGUCUCACGAGAGAAAGCAAAAGCAAACAAAACACCAAAGCACCAUGUAUUUUUUUUCUGAUUUCCACGAGUUCGACGAGGAAGUCUUCAAGGAUUCGGUCCGGGAGGCACUCGUUUCGGUCCAACACGUGCUGGACACCGACCGCUGUCCAAACCUCCGCCUGGCGGAAAGCGUCGACCACGAAUACGUCGACAAGUACAAGCUGGCAGACCUGCUGACCAACACCGCGAUCAUCUCGUUCCUGGUUGUCCUAGAAGGCCUCGGUCUGACAAAGGAGGAACUCCUUCGACUCCACAACCAACACAGCAAAGCUCCCUCCCGGGCGACCACCCUUCGUUUCGCCAGCACCGAGUCGUGCGAAUUUGUCAAGCAAGAAACCGUGGACGUCCCGGUCCGGGGGUUGCAAAAAGAAACGAGGGAGGUCACGACCGACACAAAGGACUUUGGGAUCGACGAGAGCACCACCACCAGAUCCACGAUCGAAACCAUCGUGAACCGGGUCACCCGUAGGCACUACACGGUAGAAACGAGCUGGGAGGUAUCGGUCUAUACCGGGACGGACGUGGAAAACCGCAGGGUGAUCGGGAAACGCACCAACGGCAGGUUCGGCCUGUGCCGCGACGUACCCGCCAACGCGCCGAGCGAAAGAUCUGGGCCCCUCCAGGAGGAGGUAUCCCCCCCCGUGGAACUGUCCCUGACCUGGCUCCUGCAACACAUCGACGCGGACGAAGGCAAGUCGCACUUUGCCAUCGACCGGUCCCCUGAGAACACCUUGACAAAGACCCCGAUAAGGAACCCCCAGAUCGAGCAAGCCGUGUCGUUUUUCCACUCUGCCUUCGACUGGGCCGAGGGCGUCCACGAACGAUUCGCCGUCGACUACCCAAUGGGCGUGCGUUCCGGAGACGGUGACAUCGAUGAGGCGCAACAGCUCGGAAGCAUCGAAAGCCUCGACAGCGAUGCGGUUUUUGUUCCCCUUCUGCCCUUGUUCGAAGACACACCGGACGGAGAGGAAGGACGCAUCCAAAACAACGAGAAUGACGACGUACAAGCCGGAUCAAAUGCAAUUCUGUCGCUCCCAAUCGGUGGCGAUGGCGACGGCAACGGCAAUGAGUCGGACAGAGAGAGGAAUCAUUCUCCGAUGGGUUCAUCACCGCUUCUAUCGGUCCCCGACACGACUCGUUUCCUCAACGAACAGAUUCGGACGCUCCGUGAGGUGCGGAACAGGCUCCGACAGGAUUAUCCCGAUCCCGAGACGACCACCACGCUCAUAUCCUCGGCAGAAGCCGACGUGUCUGUCCUCUGUCUGCACGCGCAGGAACUUGCCUCUCGGUACGCCGCUAGCAUCGACUACAUCGAAUCCAUGCUGAAAAACCAGCUCGUGGCUGCCAUUGGGAAAAAGAUUUACAGCUCCGACAUCGACAAGUUCAUGAGGUACCACAACGACAAACUGAUGAAUCCCGGUCCGAAACCCUUUUGCCACACGAUUCGCCAGCCGAGGCGCUAUCCGGACGGCAUCUUAAGCCUCGAAAGAGAAGUGUCUGGUCCCCGGGGCACGCUGGAGAUGGAACCAAUUUCGACCCACGUCCGGCAAGUUGAAUGCGUGCCUCCCACCACAAUUCCCCUGAAUUCUGCAACGACGGUGGAACUCACCGGGGAAACCUACUUGCACGGUUGGUUGAAUCACGGCUUUGGAGAUGCGUCUUCCAAUCCCCCCAUGCGGCUGAUCGCUAGGGCGAGGCAGUUUUCUUCGUUUUUGCUGGUGGUUGGCACCAUGGGAAGCCAAAACCGGAUGCACCCAAAGAACGCCAUAAUCCUGAGGAACAAGGACGAGGUUCACAUCCCCCUCCUUCUCAACGAAAUACCGACCGCAACGGAAUUCAAUGACGCCAUCGGCUCGCUGUCUCCGGAGCAGCAACGGUUUGCCAAAGCCUUUCGCUCGAUGCAGCUCGAAUCUUCCGUCCUUGGCGUCUGCAUCAUCCAAAUCAAACCGCAGCUCGAAAAAUUGUUGGGCCUGCCCAGAGACUCACUGGCGAAGGAAAUGAAGCUCACCGAGGACCUGACGGAGCUCUUUGUCGAGUAUCAGGUUCCAUCUGACUUGUUGUCGUACGAUGGCGGCAGCAGCGAAUCCACCAAGGACCAGGUCGCGAGCGUCAAGGAGAACGUUAAAUCGAUUCUGGAUGUCAUUGCCCAGCAGAAGAAAGAACAACUCGAGCAGCAAACCUUGAAAACCGACAUGGCUGUGGAGCGCCGGAUGGCUUCUGAAUCUCCCGAACUUCGUUCAAAAAUGGAUCGCCGGUUGGCUGAAUAUGAGCGCCGGUUUGCUUCUGAACCUCGCAUUCUUUGUAAAAAAAUGGCCAAAUCGGAUACGAGAAACCGUGGUCGAAUGAAUAGUGCUAUCAAGUGUUUGAAGGUAGUAUCUGACAACCCUCCACCUCCCCCGAAACAAAGAGAGUUGACCUAUGACGAUGACUGCGAACCAGAAAAUAUAACCGAAAUAGGAUGUUUCGGUGCUACACUACCAUCCUCUUCGAAGAACAAUACCAUCGACUUUACGGCGAUACCCAAGAUUUUGGACAAGGCUAUCGAGUUGAACGACAGAGACGCUUCCAUUCGUUCGACGACGAUCACAACCGCCGACCACGGUUGGACCAAACGCCGCCAACCCAACCUGCUGUCGAAGCCCCAACAGGAAUCUUUUAGCACUGCCGAGAUCGCGUCGGAAAAGAACAAGGCCAUCGAUCUGUUGGAUGCCCUGUCCAGGAGCGGGUCGCUCGAGAUCCCCUUUUCGGAGCUCCACGUCGUGGUUUGUGCGACGCAUCGUUUCGAGAAGAACGUGAUGGCAACCGUGAUCCGGGACAACAUCAAUCCCAUCGAGAAACUGGAAAUGUCGACCCUGCUGAUGGCUUCCACGAUACUGGGUGUCCCCGCACGGCACCUGGUCUGCAGCGAGAAAAAGUGCAAGCAGCUGUCGGAAUCCUUUCCGGAGCUUGUAAAAAUGGUCGAUGCCGACGGCUCUCCGUCCGAGUCGCCCUCGGGAGCACCAAUCAAUGGAAUGGAAGAAAGCACUCUGGUGGAUAAGAGCGUCGCUGACGAAAUCUUUUGAGCACGACAAACCGGAUUUGGUUACUAGUUCGGCUGAUUAAAUACUACGGUAUUACGAAACUAUUAAACCCCGAAAAUAUAA